AUGGAUGGAGUCUGCGUGUGCCAGGGAUUCUGUCCAACUGUGCCCACAAGUCUUCAAGUUGAAAGAAAGGAACGGUUGGGCCGUUUGGCUUCAGCAGAUCAUCCGUCAGACUCAGCACCUUUUUUUGUACUGUUCCCUUUUGUCGCCGUUGUCAGGAGCUUGGCGCGCGGCGUUGCGACGCCCGCCUGGCGUGCCUUCUGGGAUUACGAGCAGCAGAUCCAGGCUCCCGGCAUGGGCCUGCUGGUACCCUACGGCAUGACAUUGAUCCAGGACCUGGACGCUGUCUCGGCCAUCGCCGGCCUCACCAUGGUCGUGGCUGCUGCGACUUCCCUCGCGAGCGCCCGCGUGGAUUUCAACUGUGACUGGCCUGGCCAGCGAGGGCAGGCUUCGGUCAUCUACCUCCUUGAUCCUCUGACGGCCUACAGCCUGUAUGCCAGCUACUUCAUCGGAUCAGUGGCUGAGUUUGCCGCCUUUGCGGUGGUUAGCUCCGUACUUCAUCCGCUUCUUGCUUGCCUGGGUUAUGCUGUCGCCAUCGAGGUCAACACUCGCUUUAGUGCGAAUGGCUUCUUCAUGGAAUCCUGGCUGGCCCCCCACGUGAUGUUCUUCGGCCUGCAGACGCGGGUUCUCGGUACGCCAGCGCGUCGAGAUCUCGCUGGGCCCGGGUGGCCUGCCGCGCUUUGCAUGCUACUCCGCUUGGCAUUGCUGCUGGGGUGCUGCUCGGUACCCCUUCCAGAGGACCGGGAACCCUGGCAGCGCCUGGGACGGCCGGCUGGCCGCGCAGUUCUGCAAGACUUCGCCGCGCCCACCCGCGUGGCCUUUGGCGCUGCUGAGGUGUGCAUCCUCAAGUUCAGCUGCCGUGCCCCUGAUCUCAGACCUUCGGAGUGGUUGAGAGCCUCACUUUUGAGCGCUGUGCUGAUCCUGAUGCCACUGCACUUCGGCAUCACCAUCUACCGACUGGCUGCGAAUUCACAUUUCCGGGAUGGCACAGUGGACAAAGAGCUCUGCAGCCAGAUCGAAGCCAAACGCAAGGAGAUCGAAGACUUUGCAGCGCACUGUGAGCAACACCCACACGAGUACGAGCUCCUGGCAGUGGAGGACCCGGGAUGA